CAGUAAAGAAAACCGAGUGCUAAGCAUCGGCAUUUUCGGUCGGACGACAUUUUCUCUCUCUAAAACGAGUCUCUUUCUCUCUGUAACGGAAUGCAAAGGCAUUGGUAAUUUCGGUCGGACGACGAUUUCUCUCCCUCGCGCGGCUAAAAUUUCCACCUUCUCUCUCUUAAACGAGUUUCUCUCUGCAAAACCAGACUCUCUCUCUAUAUACCGAUUUCUCAAUCAAUAUUUCAGAUCCCAUCCAAUUUCAUUUCAUAUAUCCUAUAUAUAGCUCUCCAUCUCUACUGAAACACCUAGAGAUCAAAACUCUCUCUACAAUUCUCACUCUGCUCUCUACUGAAACACCUAGAGAUCAAAACUCUCUCUACAAUUCUCACAUAUCUCAUUGUUCUGUCCCUUGUUUCUCUCUCAUCCAAAUUAAGUUCGAGAUCAGUCAUUCGGAAGGGCCCUCUCCUUUCAUGUUAGACCCAGAUUCACGCUGAUUUUCUCAAGUUUACGUUCUCAUUUUUGGUUUUUUUAAGAGUCCCCAAUUUUCUAUCUCUCUAUACUUUCAUGGGUGUCUUAUGUGUGAGCAUAUAUAAGAGAAGUAUAUGCCACGUUUUUCUCUGAGAAUAUUAGUUGUGAAUACAAGAUGGGUAAUUUCCUUUUUGGGUUUGUCUUGCCUCUGCUUCUCCUAACAGCUUCCUUGCUCGAUUGGAAUUUGAUCUCCCUGGUCGACUUAUUGGCAUUUCUUAUCCUACAAUGCACUGCUCCAAAAAGGGGAUUUUGUUCUCAAGGACAAACUGUGGUAGCAUUAGUUGUAGUUAUCUUUUCAGUUUUUGCGAUAUUAGCAGAAGUUGUGUUUCAUGUUGUUUGGCUUAUUGAAGGGGAGGAAUGGAGCAUAGCCAAUACUUGGUGGGCUACCCUUAUUGGUUUUGUGAGAAAUAAACCCUGGAUACCAACAAAUUCCGUACUUUAUUUCUUGGCUCUACAGCUCACAGCAGCCUUGAUUGCUUUAUAUGAAUUAUAUAUGAUUGGCUGGGGACACAUUUCAUGGCAAGUUUCUAAUUGGAGAAGAAUUCCAUCUAUUGCAUCUCUAGGUUCUCCCCUCAGGGUAGCUUGCUGCUUGCUAUUGCCUGCUAUUCAGGUGGUUGUUGGGAUUAGCUAUCCUUCUUGGGUUUCUCUUCCGUUCUUUAUUUGUAGCUGUGUUGGUCUUGUUAGUUGGUCACUGACUAGCAACUUUUUGGGACUGUUUUGGUGGUGGAGGCCUCUGUUACUCUAUGCUGCUCUCAACAUCAUCUUGCUUUACAUAUAUCAGCUCCCUAUUCAUUUCCCAACAAUAAUCAACACAAUUGCAAGCUUCAUUGGAUUGUACAAGGCAUCUGCAAAGUCAGAGUGGCCAGAAAUUUGUUCUGGGCUUUCUCUUUUAAUUUUCUAUUUCAUGCUUUCUUGUGUCAAAUGCGAUUUAGAAGAAAUGGAGUCUAUCAUGUCAAUGAGAGAAAACAGCUUGACGGAGCAACUUCUACCAUUAAAGCAUUCUUUCUUCAUUAGAGAAUCAAGGUCUGGUGUGAGGCAUACAAAUGUUUUGCUCAAGGGAGCUAUUUUUCGGAACUUUAGUAUCAAUUUUUUCACAUAUGGGUUCCCGGUGUCAUUGCUUGCUCUUUCAUUUUGGAGCUUCAACUUUGCAAGUAUAUGUGCUUUUGGUUUACUUGCAUAUGUUGGCUAUGUUCUAUAUGCAUCCCCUUCCUUGUUCCACUUGCAUCAGUUGAAUGGGCUACUUCUUGUCUUCAUUCUUCUUUGGGCUGCAAGCACAUACAUUUUUAAUGUGGCUUUCACCUUUCUGAAUAAAAAGCUGAAGCAGGAUAUGGAGAUCUGGGAAACAAUUGGUUUAUGGCAUUACCCAAUUCCAGGAUUUUUUCUCCUUGCUCAAUUUUGCCUUGGUUUUCUUGUAGCCAUGGGUAACCUUGUGAACAACUCUGUUUUCCAAUACCUGUCUGAUGAGGACGAGCAAUCCUCAAAUCGAGACACUGCAGCUGAAGAGAAAGAAGAGACAAAGGUAUUGAUUGUGGCUACAAUAGCUUGGGGAUUACGGAAGAGUUCUCGUGCUAUUACACUGCUGAUGAUAUUUCUCCUUGCAAUGAAGCCGGGUUUUAUUCAUGCAGUUUAUAUGAUUUUCUUCUUUAUAUAUCUGUUGAGCCACUCAGUGAGCAGGGGGAUCCGCCAGAUUUUGAUUCUCCUAUGCGAAGCGCAUUUUGCACUUCUAUACAUCCUUCAGCUUAAUCUUAUUUCUAGGGCUCUGGAGCACAAAGGGUCCCUUAUUAUGACAUUCCUUUCACAGUUAGGCCUCCUGUAUCAUGCUAGCGGCUGGGACUUUUUGAAGAUUGCUGCACUCAUGAUCUUUUGUGCCGUUCAGAACCAUGGAUUUAAGAUUCUUUCUUCCUUUUCGGCAAUUGUGCAGCACACUCCCCACCCUCCCAUAGGGUUUAGCAUCUUGAAAGCUGGUUUAAACAAAUCAGUAUUAUUGUAUGUCUAUGCGUCCUCAACUGCCAGGAACAAUCAGUUCCAGGAUCUUUCUCAUGAGAAGUGGAUAGCUACUUAUCUUGGUGCUGUUAGCCAGAAAUUUCUAUCAACAUACCGUUCAUAUGGUACAUAUAUAGCAUUUCUGACUAUUCUUGUUACGGUAUAUUUGGUGAUCCCAAAUUACAUAUCUUUUGGCUAUCUGUUUUUCUUGUUAUUCUGGAUAAUUGGAAGACAACUAGUUGAGAAGACCAGGAGGCGGCUCUGGUUUCCUCUAAAAGUAUAUGCAACUCUAGUUUUUAUCUUCGCUUACAGCUUGAGUAUCUUUCCUAGUUUUGAGAGGUGGCUUUCCCGGUUUAUUGAUCUUUAUACUGAACUAGGUUACAAUCCUGAUGCUCCUUUAUUGGAGAAUGUUUGGGAAUCCUUAGCAGUGUUGAUAGUGAUGCAGCUUUAUAGCUAUGAAAGGAGGCAGAGCAGGUACUAUGAGAGUUCUGAGGGAUGCAAUCAGUUUGAAAAUGGCUGUUUGGGUUUUAUAAGAAGAGUUCUUAUUUGGCACAGUGAAAAGAUUGUAUCUUUCGCUGUAUUUUAUGCUUCUUCAUCUCCGAUCAGUGCCUUUGGUUUUAUAUAUCUUUUCGCACUGGUUGGGUUUGCCUUUCUACCAAAAGUUUCCCGUAUACCUUCCAAGUUUUACCUGGUUUAUACUGGACUCCUGGUGACGUCUGAAUAUCUUUUCCAGAUGUGGGGAAGUGAGGCUCAUAUGUUUCCUGGUCAAAAACACUCGUAUUUGUCUCACCUUCUUGGAUUCCAAGUAUUUGGUGCUGGUUUCUGGGGACUUGAAGCAGGCUUGAGGGGAAAAAUCCUAGUCAUAGUGACAUGUACUCUUCAGUAUAAUGUUUUCCACUGGCUAGAAAAGAUGCCUGCUUCUCUGAAAAAUACUGGAAAAUGGGAAGAACCUUGCCAUUUAUUUGUGUCCAAAGAGAAGAGCCAUACUGGUAGUUCUAAAUGCACUGAGGAUACAAACCCAACAUUAGAUAGCAGUCUUUUAUCAAUUAAGCAGAGGGGUGUAGUUACCAAUUCAUGUCCGGCUUUUGGGUCUGAUACGUUCCAAGGGUCAGGUUCUACAGAAGCUGAGGAGGGUUCUGGCAGUAGCACUAGAAGAUUAUCUUUCAGUUAUUUCUGGGGUAGUACCAAGGAGAGUCACCGGUGGAAUAAGAAGCUGGUACUUGCUUUGCGUAAGGAGAGGUUUGAUAUGCAAGUGAGGACCCUGAGAGUCUAUCUCAAAUUUUGGAUGGAAAAUAUUUUUAACCUGUUCGGUCUAGAGGUUAACAUGAUUGUGUUACUGCUAGCAAGCUUUACCGUGCUGAAUGCUAUCUCACUUUGCUAUGUAUUAUGCCUUGUGGCUUGUGUUCUUCUCAACCGGCAUGUGAUCCGAAAGUUAUGGCCUCUAUUUGUCUUCCUCUUUGCUUCCAUUCUAACUGUUGAGUACUUGGCUGCCUGGAAAAAUUUUAUGCCUUGGGAUCCUGACGCUUCGAGCCAGUCCAAAGUGCGCUGCCAUGAUUGCUGGAGUAACUCAAGCAUAUACUUCAACUAUUGCACAAAGUGUUGGCUGGGGCUUGUUGUUGAUGAUCCACAGAUGCUUGUGAGCUACUAUUUGGUUUUCAUUGCAGCAUCUUUCAAAUUUCGCUCCGAUCAUUUAGUCGAUUUCUCAGCGUCUGAUACAUAUCGCCAGAUGAUGUCCCAGCGAAGCAAUGCAUCAGUUUGGAGAGAACUCUCAUAUGAAACAAAGAGCCACUGGACCAUCCUUGAUUAUCUGAGGCUGUAUGCUUACUGUCAUCUAUUGGAUAUUGUUCUUCUCCUCAUAUUGAUUACCGGAACCCUGGAGUAUGAUAUAUUGCACCUGGGUUACCUGGGAUUUGCAUUGAUUUUCUUCCGAAUGAGGCUUGACAUAAUGAAGAAGAAGAAUCAAAUUUUCAAGUUUUUGCGCAUGUAUAAUUUUGCGCUCAUUGUUCUCUCUCUAGCAUACCAGUCACCUUUCCUCGGGGAUACCAACACUGAGAAGUGUGCAAAAAUAGACUACAUUUAUGAAGUCGUUGGCUUUUAUAAAUAUGAUUAUGGGUUUAGGAUUACUUCGCGAUCAGCUCUGGUUGAGAUUGUUAUUUUCAUGUUGGUAUCACUCCAAUCUUAUAUCUUUUGCUCAAGGGAGUUUGAUUAUGUCUCAAGGUAUCUCGAGGCGGAGCAGAUGGAUGCCAUGCUCCAUGCCCAAGAGAAGAGAGCGGCUUGGAAGACAGCGCAGUUGCAGCAUAUAAGAAAAUCCGAGGAGAAGAAGCGCCAGAGAAACCUGCAAGUCGAGAAGAUGAAAGCAGAAAUGCUCAAUCUGCAAAGUCAGCUGCAUAGCUUGAAUGGUGGGGGAAACUACUGUAAUACUAAUGCCUCUCCCAACAGCGAGAGUAUACAAAGAAGAGACCUGAAUUCCUCUCCCUUAAUGAGUAGAAUGCCUAGAAUACCUGAGAUACAGGGAGAUCACAGAGAACAGGAGCAGAAUGAGGCUGAAACUGUACUUGAGCAUUUGAACAGAAAACCCAAGAACUCAUCAGUGGAAAAUGUGAAUAAUUAUGCAGAUUCAUCCUCUUGUGAAAUCACUGAGCUUGAAGAAAGAUCUGCGAGUUUAUCUGCAUUUUCAGAUGGGAAGGAGAGAGACAAAAGCCAAACUAAAGAGAACCCUCUAAUAUCCGCUGUGCAACUGAUAGGUGAUGGUGUCUCUCAAGUACAAUCCCUUGGGAAUCAAGCUGUUACCAAUAUCGUAAGCUUCUUGAAGAUAGAGCAUGAUGAUUCAGAUUCUAAUGAGUAUUCUUCUGCAGAGGAUGGGGGGUUUGAUGAAACAGAGAGCCAUAAUAAUACAGAUCAUUGCUAUGAGAAUUCGGAGCGUACUUCUUCUCUAAUAUCCAAUGAUGUGAGGGCAGCACCAGAACUGACAAGCCCACGGAUAGGAAAGCUUUUUCACUAUAUUUGGACCAAAAUGAGAUCCAAUAAUGAUGUUGUGUGUUAUUGCUGUUUUAUACUAGUAUUCCUUUGGAACUUCAGUUUGCUAUCUAUGGUGUAUCUUGGAGCUCUAUUCUUGUAUGCGCUCUGUGUAAAUCCUGGACCCAAUUACUUGUUUUGGGUUAUCAUGCUUAUCUGUACAGAAAUGAACAUCUUGCUGCAAUAUUUAUAUCAGAUCAUCAUUCAGCAUUGUGGAUGGAGCUUUCAAUCACCCAUUCUUUGGAGGUUGGGGUUUCCAGCCCAUAAAAUAACUGCCUCCUUUGUGAUAAGCACCCUUCCUUUGUUCUUGGUGUAUCUAUCCACCCUCUUGCAGAGUUCGAUAACUGCCAAAGAUGGGGAAUGGAUGUCAGUUAGGGAAUUCAGAUUUUAUAGCAGGCAGAUUCUUUUCCAGGACGAGGCUCAUGGACAUGAUGGUUGGAAACAGAGGCUUAAAACAUUGGUCUCACCAUUCAUGAAUGUUUUGAGAAUUGUUAGGAGAGCCUUCUCAAGGUACUGGAAAUCCCUGACUCAUGGAUCAGAGGCACCCCCUUAUUUUGUUCAGCUGUCUAUGGAGGUUGAUAUUUGGCCUGAGGAUACAAUUCAACCUGAGAGGAUCGAAUCAGGAGUCAAUAAACUUCUCGAAUCUGUGCAUAAUUUGAACUGCAAGACAACCCACAAUAAUUCCUGCCAUUCUGCUAGCAAAGUCAGGGUCCAAAGCAUCGAAAGAAGCCCUGAAAAUUCAAGUGUGGCUUUAGCAGUUUUUGAGGUUGUGUAUGCUUCGCCUUUAGAGGGCUGUCCCAAAAAUGAAUGGUAUAAAUCAUUGACGCCAGCAGCAGAUGUGGCGGCUGAAAUAUGUAAAGCACAGAGGGAGGGUCCUGUUGAAGAGUUGGGUUUUCCAUAUGAAAUAAUAUCUGUGAUUGCUGGGGGAAAGAGAGAAGUUGACUUGUAUGCAUACAUAUUUUGUGCAGAUUUGGUUACCUUUUUUUUGGUGGCCAUGUUCUACCAAUCGGCAAUUAAGAACAACAGUAAGUUUCUCGAUGUGUAUCAGCUUGAAGAUCAAUUCCCAAAGGAAUUUGUAUUUGUUCUAAUGAUUCUCUUUUUCCUGAUCGUGCUUGAUCGCAUCAUUUAUCUCUGCUCAUUUGCCACAGGGAAAGUCAUAUUCUACUUUUUCAAUCUCAUCUUAUUUACAUAUUCAGUCACCAUAUAUGCUUGGUACAUGGAGCUUGACAAGCAGAGGACAGGAGCUUUGGCACUUCGUGCCAUCUAUCUCACCAAGGCCAUUUCUCUUGCACUUCAGGCACUGCAAAUAAGAUAUGGAAUCCCACAUAAGAGCACUUUGUAUCGACAAUUUUUGACGACUAAAGUCAGCCAGAUAAAUUACCUGGGUUUUCGACUUUAUCGUGCUUUACCAUUCCUUUAUGAGUUACGUUGUGUCCUUGACUGGUCAUGUACAUCUACAUCUUUGACAAUGUAUGACUGGCUAAAGUUGGAGGACAUCCAUGCAAGUUUGUUUCUUGUCAAAUGCGAUGCGGAUUUGAACAGGGCAACACAUCAAACUGGGGAAAAGCAGUCCAAAAUGACCAAAUUCUGCAGUGGGAUAUGUUUGUUUUUUGUUCUUAUCUGUGUUAUUUGGGCUCCUAUGCUGAUAUACAGCAGUGGCAACCCCACAAACAUUGCAAACCCAAUCAAAGAUGUGAGUGUCCAGAUUGACCUCAAAACAUUAGGAGGGAGGCUAACUCUCUAUCAGACCACCCUCUGUGAAAAGCUUUCAUGGGAAAACCUUCUUGAGGCAGGUUUUGAUCUGGACCCUCAAGGUUAUCUGGACACGUACAAUGUCAAGGACAUUCAGUUGAUUUGUUGCCAAGCUGAUGCAAGUACUGUAUGGAUGGUUCCUAGUUUGGUUCAGGCUAAGUUUUUGCAAUCCCUUGAUAGAGACAUGGCUAUUUUUUUCUCUUGGGCAUUCACUAGGGACAGGCCAAAGGGAAAAGAAGUGGUGAAAUAUGAAAUUCCUGUUGAAGAUCCACCAAAGCCAGCAGCAGUUAAAGAAGUACUAAAUGGGACCAGUGACCACGUUAGGAUAUGUGAUAUUUAUCCAAGGUAUUUCAGGGUGACUGGCUCUGGGGAAGUGCGACAUUUAGAACAAGCGGAACAGGUCAAUAUGGUCACAGGUGACCUGGUUAUGAACAAUGGGAGCUCAAAGUGGUGGUCAUUUUAUGACAUCGAUGCAUCAGAUAUUGAAGGCUGCGAUGGACUGAAAGGGCCAAGCGCGAUCAUUGUCUCGGAGGAGACCCCACAGGGUAUUCUUGGUGAAACUCUCAGCAAGUUCAGCAUAUGGAGUCUAUAUUUGACAUUUGUGCUAGCAGUUGGUCGGUUUAUCAGGCUGCAGUGUUCAGACCUGAGGAUGAGAAUACCCUAUGAGAAUCUACCUUCCUGUGACAGGUUGAUAGCCAUUUGUGAGGACAUCUAUGCUGCUAGAGCAGAGGGUGAGCUAGAAGUUGAGGAAGUCUUAUACUGGACAUUAGUGAAGAUAUACAGGUCACCGCAUAUGCUUCUCGAAUACACCAAACCAGAUUGAAGAUGCUUUACUAGCUUCUAUUACUGCCAUCAAAUCGUUGGAUGGAGAGACAGAAAAAAAGAGAGCACUAAGGAAGGAUUGGCAAACUGCUCAAGAUAUUAACAGGAGCCAUUUCACCCACGUGUUAUGAAAAAAUGAGUUCCUCAGAAUAACCUUUGCCUUGUCCUUCGAGCUCCACCAAUUGUCUAUCUCUCUGUAUGUUGGAUGAGUGUGGAAAUUUUCAGUUGGUUAUUUGAAGAAUUGGGUGAUAGGAAAGCUCUAUAAUUGAUUUGCUGCUGAUUUAUGCAGUGCAGUCACAAGUCACCCAAGCACGCAAGGCUUGAUUUGUAUAUCAAGAGCUGGCUCUAAAUGGGGCAGCGUCAUUUGUUGUACGUAUAUGCACGAGUAAAUUUUGGUGGUUAUUGGAAAGGAAAUGUUUUUUUCGUUCUUUCUA